AUGGAGUAAUUUUUAAAUGUUUAUAAAGAAUUGAAAAAGAUGGUUAAGAUGAGUAGUUUUUAUCAGGCUUAGAAGAAGGAGCAGAAAAGCAAUGGGAAACAGCAAAAGAUCAGUCAGAAAUCGAAGAAAAUAAAGGAGGCGCCUCUGGCUUCUAGGGAGGAGUUGAUGCAGAAGUUGAAGAAUAAGAUAGAUAGUUUGAAGGCGGACAGAACUACGAAGAAGGAUUAUGUGCCAGAGAGGAAGUAGAGAUAAUAAAAUAAGAAAUGA